AUAAGCGAUAAGCCGCAGUAUUUCCAAUAUGGCUACCGCGACAUUUUUCAAUUGCGCUUGACAUUCGUCCUGUAAAUGUUCAAGACAUACAGUUGUUAACAUUUUUUACUAUAAUUUUAAGUGUUUUUCAAGUUAUUUGAGGAUCAUUAUGAAUGCGUAGGUCGAAAAAAAUUGUAGACUUCAUCCCUUACCAACAGUGAUGUUUGUUUACGUUUUGAACGUCACUUUCGAAGUCUGGAACUUCACGAAUGACAAAAGCAUUCUAGUAUAACAUUAUUCAUAAAACGAUCAAGAGAGACCUGGAAUAUCAGGAAACUCUUUCGAUCGAUGGGUUCAGCGAUCAGAGCUACCGCACGAAUCAACCAUGAGUAAAAUGCAACAUCAGUAUUGGGUUACCAAGCAGACCCUGUCCCGAAAAUUGGGAAAAAAAGAAGAUGAAUGCAUUGUUGCUUCCGAUGCAGAGUUGGAUGCAAAAUUAGAACUCUUCAGAAGCAUUCAAGAAUCGUGUGCAUUUUUGCAACGAGUAAUCGAUAAAUAUCAAGAACGUUUGUGUAAUCUGGCGCAAGAGGAAAAUGCUAUGGGACGCUUUCUAAAAGAAGCUGGAAAACAGGACAAAACAAGGGCAGGUAAAAUGAUGUCCGCCGUUGGGAAAUCUCUGUCUUACUCCGGACAACAGAGGCUUGCCUUGCGCGCGCCUCUAGUCCGACUUUAUCAAGAGGUUGAGACAUUCAGACGCAGAGCCAUUGAAGAUACACUGCAAAACGUACAAUCAAUGGAAAAAGCACGCACAGAGUACCGCGCUGCUUUAUCUUGGAUGAAGAACAUAUCUCAGGAAUUAGACCCGGACACCUCCAAACAGCUUGAGCGCUUUAGAAAAGUUCAGAUUCGUGUUAGAAGGGAUAAGAGUACGUUCGAUAAUCAAGCUUUUGACUGCCUGCAAAAAGUCGAUUUACUUGCAGCAGCUCGAUGCAAUAUGUUCAGCCAUGCGUUGGUUCUGUAUCAGAGUACGCUACUCAAUUUUACAAUAAAAUCAGCGCAAGCGUAUGCAACGAUAGCAAAUAGCUUUAAAGGAUACCAAAGAUAUGAUUUUAUGAUUGUGAAGGAACUUGCGGAAACCUCGAUCAGAUUAGCCAAAGAAACUGGCGACGAGGAUGGCGCCGAAGACAAGGACAAAUCAUUAUUUUUCGGAGCCGAAUAUCAUGAUGCUGUAGAACAAGCCGAAGAAGCGAGCACAAUUGACAAUGACGCUGAGCGUCGUGAAGGGAUCGACGAAAAACUCGUGAACAUUGACACUCAUCUGAGUGAUAUUGCAAGCGCAGAAUCUUCCCAAUCGAAUAAUAAACCUAACGGCAAUCAAUCCAAAUUAAUUUCAAAUGAUGGCAUUGGAGAUUUCUUCGAUCAGAUGUUUGUAAAAGAGAACAAAGCAUCGAACGACAUGCAAGCGCAACAUCUUGAAUUGGAAAAAAGUUUGGUAGAAUUGGAUAUCGCAAUGGAUUCUUUUACUGAGAACGGAGCUGUUUUUGACUUCAAUAAAGCGACUUCACUCGCAACUCAGAAUACACAAGAACAGAAUCAACAAUCGCUCCAACUUCUAACGUCAGAAAAUGUCGCGUUACUCGAAGACAUUCUCAACAGUGGUCCAAACCUUGACGACGGAUGGGGCUCUAUUUCUAACGAUACGUUUUUACCAUCAGGCAUUUUAAAGCAAAGUUUGGGUGAUGCUAUCUUAGGAAUUGGGGAUGUUAGAACAGGACCCGGAGCUGCGGAGAAGAAAGAACACGUUGGAAAAGGAAAUGACAAGUCCUGGUUGGAUUUAUUUGCUGAACUGGAUCCGCUAGCCAAUAACUCCAUUGAGAGUCUUACAAAAUCGGGUGACAGCAACGCUCCGGCUUAACGAUCCACACGUUUACAUACUGCGGUAAAGGGAUUGUGCAAAUCUGAAUGUCCAUGAAAAAAAAAGACUUCGGGAAGUCGCGAUAUUCGCAAGAGAAUCGUGAUUAUAAAAACUCGCUCGGUUACUUAAUUUUUAUGAUUUUUCAAUUGAUAACAUUUUGGACAACGAAAUAACCCUCAAAACAUCGUCAUUUGCAAAUGAUCUGAGCACUUUUACAAGCAGCGUAAACGCAAUCGAAUGAUACAUUUAGGAUCUAUGUCAUCGACGAGAAUUUCAAAAGCUAUACUAUACAGCUAUAUAUAUAUAAUCGUCAUUGUCCAAAGCAAACCAUUCCAAAGAAGUAGUUUUAAGAAUAUAUGCGGAAGAAAACUGUUUGUUCGACGUGAACUUUUGGUUGUUGAGAUAUGAAAUUAAUGGAAAAUGCCAUUAUCGCGCGUCAACUUUCAGCAGGACCGCCAAUUUUAUUUGCCUCCUUAAUCAUUACUGAAUUUGACUUUAUCUUCAGAUGUAUUCGUUUCUAGUCACGGGAUUAAUUGAAAAAUGUCGCCACAAUAAAAUGUCUAAUUAUAAAAUUUACUAUACAAAGUUAUAUUAAAAAGUAUAUCAAAACA